UGUAUGCAUGCUUUAUCAUUUGCCAUUUUGGGCAAAAGCAUGAAACUCAGGGUGCAGACUGUGACAGAAUGUGCUUCAGAUUUUUGCAGUGAGAAUCUGCUAACAGAAUAUGAGUCUGAUGGGAAUAUGAGAACUGAUGACUACAUGCAGAAUGCUGAUG